AUGGCCGCCUCACCCGUUCAGAACCCCGCGGUCCAAGCCGAAUCCAAGUCGGCCAAGAAGAAGAAGGCCAAGGCCGCCGAGCGCACCGAGUCCCCUGCUCCCACUGCCUCUCCCGCUCCCGAGAAGGCUGACGCCGCUGACGAGUCCGGCGAGACUGCAUACAUUCGCGAGAUCCAGAAGAACAUCCGCAACACCAACAAGAAGCUUACCAAUGCCUCAAAGAUCGACAACCUGAUUGCAGAGAACGCCGGCAAGUCCCUCGAUGACCUCGUCGCAGCUCGCAUUAUCAAUGCCGACCAGAAGGCGCAGUACCUGAAAAAACCUGCCCUGCAGGCACAGAUCACCCAGUACGAGGAGCAGAUGGCCCAGUACAAGAAGAUCGACCAGGAAUACCGCGUUCGUGCCGUGGCCGAGAAGGCAGAGCUCGAGAAGGCUUUUGCCGAGAAGCUGGAGAAGGAGAAGGCCGCUGCCGUCGCCGAGGUGAAGGCCCAGCUGGAUGGUGAUUCUAGCAAGAGCAUCAACAGCAAGCUCCUCACUCUGUCACAAUUCCUUCGCCUGGCUGCCGCCCGUCGCUCCGAGGAUGCCGACCAGGCUAAUGAGGAGAACCGCGCUCUGGAAGGUGUCCUGCUCGCCAUCUACACGGGUGACGACACUGCGGUCGCCACCAUGCUUAAGCUGAUUGACGGCACCGAAGAGCAGACGUACAGCGUUAACGGCGAGCUGCUCGAUACGACCUUCGGCCAAGUCAAGGCAGCUGCUAAGGCCUACAAGUCUCCUUACGACGAGCCUGUGUCCGCUGAGACCGAGACUGCGGCCACGGAAGCCGUUACCGAUCCGACGAUUGCCAAUGCUACCGUGAACGAGAUUGAGGCUGGCGAUGUUGCCAUCACCAACGGCCAGACCGAGGAAUCGGUCACCGAGAUCCCUACCAAUGCAAACAUCGGCAGCGGCUCCGGUAACGCUGCUGGCGAGAAGUGGGACCAGUCAGCCGAUAACAGCAUGUCGCUGUCUCAGGAAUGGGUUUCUGUUCCCCGCGAUCCUACAGAGACCGAGACUGGCGUCGAGGCUACCCCUGCUGCCGCUUCCAACACCCAGUCCUGGGCUGAUGACCAGCCCGAGCAUCACGAGACCCAACCCGAGACCCCUACUCCCGCUGCCGCCGACCCCAACGACGGCUUCCACCAGGUCCAGGGUCGCAACCGCGGCCGUGGCGAUCGUGAGGGAGGCUACCGCGGACGUGGCCGUGCCGAGUGGCGCGGCCGUGGACACCGUGGUGACGGCCGUGGCCGGGGACGUGGUGGCCAGCGCGGCGGCUCCAUCUCCCAGCGCGGACCCCGCCGGACUGAAGAGUCAUAG